AUGGCAACGAAACAGCUUCCGGAAUCGAUCCUCAUUGUUGGGGGCGGCGUCUUUGGCUUGUCGACCGCCCUCGCCCUGGCACGCCGGCACUCCGGCAAGAUCACACUGGUCGAGUCUGCGGCCACGAUUCCGAAUCCGCACGGUGCUUCCGUCGACUCCUCUCGCAUCAUCCGUGCCGACUAUGCCAAUGGUGCCUAUGCUGAGCUAGCAACGGAUGCUAUUGAGCAGUGGCAGGCCACCGAAUGGGGUCGGGAUGGCAGAUACACCCGCAAUGGCCUUGUGCUGGUGUCGUCCGAUGCCGAUGGGAUUGCAUACGUGAAUCAAAGCUAUGAAAAUGUCAAAGCCCUGGAUAAGGACGGGAAGGACGUAGAGUCCUUGCCGACCAAGGCGGACGUUCAGAGAGUCGUUCCCGGAUACGGCACUGGCAAGAGCGUGGCCGGCGGCUACGUGAACUGGGGGUCCGGCUGGGGCGACGCUGAAGCAGCCGUGCGGUUUGCAAAGCAGAAAGUCGAUCAGACAGGCAGAGUGCAGUUCAAGACCGGCACAGUGGACCGGCUUCUCACUACUCUAGGAGAGAAUGGUGCACCGGCCAUUGUUACUGGUGUGCAGCUCUCUGACUCAACCGUUCUCCAUGCAGACUUGGUCAUCCUUGCAGCUGGUGCAUGCACUGGACGCCUCGUUGACCUGCGCUGUCGCGCCGAUGCCACAGGCCAGGUGUUGGCGUAUAUCCGUAUCACAGAUGAGGAGCAAGCCCGCUUUGGCAAUAUGCCAACAAUCCUGAACUUGUCCACGGGCAUGUUCAUCAUCCCGCCUCGUAACAAUGUCCUCAAAAUCGCUCGGCAUGCUUAUGGCUACCGGAAUCCCAAAACCAUCCCCAACCCAUCUCAAGAGACGGGCACCAUUGAGGCCAGCCUGCCCGAAGAUGACAUCCAUAUCCCACCAGAAGGAGAAGAGGCUUGUAGAGCUGCGCUGCGAGAGAUGCUUCCAGCUCUGGCAGACAGACCUUUUAUCAAGACCCGUAUUUGUUGGUAUUCAGAUACCCCGAAAGGUGACUUUCUAAUCACCCACCAUCCAGGCUAUCGCUCUCUUUUUCUUGCAACAGGGGGCAGCGGCCACGCAUUCAAGUUUUUCCCAGUAAUCGGUGACAAAGUCGUAGACGCGAUUGAAGGUAAACUUGAUGCCAACCUCAAGGAACUCUGGGCAUGGCCAGCUUCUCCCUCUUCAGCAACCAAUGGCACUCCAGUGGUUUGCGAGGACGGGAGCCGCUCGGGCUUAAAGGGGAUGAUUUUGAAGGAUGAAAUGUCAAGGAAGCCAGAGGUCACGAGCAAGUUGUGA